AUGGCUGCGACUCCUUUCGAUCCCUCUGUCCAGGGCAACUCUUUUGUAUUUGACAUCUACACCGAUGGCCAAACCUUGCGCGCGCCGGCGCCUGCUCCCGCGACUUUCCUCCCUGGCGGACCAUGCAACUACACCGACCCAUCUCUCCCGCGAUGCGGUUGCCGCCGGUUCUGGAGCAAUUCUGCUCUCGCCGCAACGGGUACCAUCGAGAUUUGCAUGUGCUCACAUCAUGCCUGCUUCCAUGAGGAUGCCCCUUCAGGUCAAACCCAGCAAACCCAGCUUGGCCCAACCCAGAUCUUGCCUGUGGCUGGCGUCGUAGGCCAGGAGAACCAAAAGCCCAGGAGCCACCGGGAACCGCUGAGUCCCGUCCAGGAGCUAGUGAACUGGCCGAUGCCCACCAGCUUUGGGGCAUCGUUGGAUCUAAACCUGCUGGACUUUCAAAAUACGGAACCUAACCCAAGGAUAGAGGCCACCACUCCACUGCCGAUUGGACACCUUCAGCCGGCUCAGGACAGCCCAAUGCCCGACACAUUCAACCACUGGGGGGAGAUAAUCGAGACUCAGGCCGAGAACAUUAGCCUCAGCGGGUUUCCAACACUUCCAGCUCAGUGUCUGCUGACCCAAGGACCUCCAUCGACAACUUCAUCCAGCCAGGCCAGAUAUCUACGACCAUUUGCUGGGAGGGGAUUGCAGACGCUCAAUGUGCUUAGAGAGGAUGCCGUUUGCCCAGGACCUAAUGAUGAUGACCCUACUCAGGAACAUGAUCCAUUGUCCAGGCGCGAGCGGGAGGAGACACCCAAGGCGUCUUCGCAUUCACAGGGCAAAACUCCAAAACCUGAUGACAACAGCGCAUAUCAGAAACUCACCGAAACAGUCGAGUCACACGAACAGCGAAUAGACAGACUCGAAAACACCUCCUUUUCUGUUGCCGGCCACGAAGAAUGCCACGACAAGCACGACAACGUCGACAUGCGAGUCACGGAACUGGAGUCACGGGUGGAUGAAGUGGAAAAAAUGCUGAACGACAAUGGGAGCGUGGUGGGAAGCAGGCGACACACUCGGAAUGAUGCUAUUGCCGACGAUGCUACCGCCAGUGUGGUCUCUGUAGCCACCAACACGACAAUUUCCGCAUCCAACCGGGUUGAGGUGUACAACCAGAUCCAAAAGCUCCAGGCUCAAGUCAACCAGCUGCAAGCUGCCGCGCUGCCAACGUACGCCAAGCCCUGGGAGCUUGAAGUCGUGUUUAUGCCGUUCCCCCUGAAAGGCGUGUGGGUGCAGGCAAACGAGUUUCCUGCCCAACGCCGGUCUCUAGGCGGUGAUGGGGAGUGGAUGCAGAUGCAAAACACGCUCAGCAGGGCAACACCAGAUCCGCAGUCACCCAAAUUUGCCGAGUGGCCCGGUCAAUCGCCAGAGUCGAACUGGUUGCUUCCAAGGGCGUUCGCGGCAGGAAGAAUCAUUGAUCAGAGAUUAAAGAGCCGCGGCCUCAUCAAGACAGUUCUGGUUCGAGGAGCUGAUGCCCGCAGUGUUCAGCUUGCCAUUCACGAUGCCUUCUCUGAAGUCCUCCGGGUAUCUGCUCUCGCUGGAGUUCGAUCAGAUUAUUCGCCAAACUCCCCGCUAAACGAGUUCAUGGGUCUGAGACAAGCAUGGGUUCCUCUGCGAAAGCUUCACAAGGACUCAAAACUACGAUUUCUCACACCAGCUGAGAUGGCUACACCAGCGCUGUGGGAUUUCACCUUUCUGGUUUCGAGUGUCAUCAUGAAAGCCAGCGGUGUCCACCGUCUGUACAUCACGCAACCCGAGGCAUAUCUCCAGGAUCAUCCCUUGGGCUAUCAUGCGAUGGAUGCUGGUUGGACAUGGCAAAGGCUUCGCGAAUUGAGUAGAUUCUAUCCCGACUCUCAAAGUACCACCGGCGAUGUUCCCGAGGCCGAUGCUAUGGAAGAAUGCUGGGUGUGGAAUGAUCGGGUGGAUGAGCCUCCAAGUCACAACGCAUCCGUCCUGAGCCUUCGCCACUCACACCUACAGCGUUUGUCUAGACGCUCCUCCACCGAGCCCUCGCAGCAGUUUUAUACCGGUGUGCAGUCGCCCAUACUCACCAACGGUCUGAGCUUCAUCCGUGCAGGGUCUCCUCUUACUCAAAGAGAACGAAAGGGCUCUUGGCCGCCACAGUUUACUCGGACUGGCUCAGUCCCACCACCUUCCAUACCUAUACAGUCUGCGCAAUCCGUGGCCCGACGACGUGUCUCGACCGUAGCGCCCUAUGAGCGGCGCUCCUCCCCUCUGGUCACUCGUCCAACCCCACGGAUCACUACUGUUCAGACGUCUGGCGUAUCAGCUAAGAAGCGACGACUGGGCACCCGCUCGCCGAGUCUCGUCCCGCGCAACACACCUCGUUGGAGCCGCACCAGCAUGAGCCGGUCACCAUCUCUCGCCCCGCCAGGCAUGUUCGGCCACCAUGACGAGCGCGACCGUACACCGUUUUACUAUGCAACCCCUCACAGUGAAGCUGUGGGCGAAUACGGCUAUCAGCGUGGGGGAAGCCGGGGCCCUCCCCAGGCAAUGUUGCGCACCAACGGCUACGAACCUGACGACGAUGAGGACGAAGAGAUGACAGAUGAUUUCCAGGACGAUGACACCCAAGGAAGCUCGUCGGACCCCUGCGAUAGUGAAAUGACUCAUGACGACUCUCCUGCCAAACAGGUGAGAGUCAGCCAGGGAUCGUUUGGUUUUGGAACCGACGGCGAGGGCAAUGACAUGGAUGACGUCGACAUUGAUGUCUACGAAGACGACGAGGAAGACGAGCUUGAUGGAGUCGACACCGAUCACACUCCCGGCCGUCAAAACCAUUACCAUAGCAGCCACGCCGCCUGGGGCAACCAAGCCGCUGUCGCGCAUGUCACCAGACCGGAAGACAUCCCGCGGGCUGGAAUUGAGGACCAGAUGUCUGAUGGUGAAAACGUGGACCCUUCCUCCUCUUUUUCUUCCUUCGCCUCGGAUGUAUCCGGAUCAUUCCACUCUUCCCAAUCGAGACAGCAGCAACACGACGACCAACAAGAAGAGAUAGAAAUCCACCAAGACGAAGACGAAGAAGACCGGGAAGAACGAAGGAGCAACACCAGCGCGAGAAGCAGCCAGGCGCCGUCCGAGUACAGCAGCAGACCGGGCCCAUGGAAUAUCGUUCCUUCCCCUGCUAGUCCUACCAGGACUAUCACAGCUGACACCAAGGCUGUGGCGGCCAGUCAGCAAGAAGCAGGUGUCAAGGCCCACUCCAUCAAAAGGGAGAGAUCUAGCCUCAAUUCUCUGAUGGAUUUCAGGAUUCACGAAGACAGGACGGCUCAGUCAUGA